ACGCAGCUCCAGGGGCGAGGACAGUGAUUUUCUGCAGCCCCGCGCACCCUGGGGCACAGCUCCUGGCAGGGCAGGCGGUUGUUCUCUUGCCCUUCGGGCCACUGGGCCGUAGGCGCCUGGCGGGCGGCGGGGCGUAGCCUCUAUCUCGUGACUAGGGCAUUGGCUUCGCGGUAGGGGGCGCCCCCAUCACAUGAUGCGGAUGCGGCGCCGUGACAGCAAUCAGCUUUAGGAUACCUCUAAAAUAAGUUUGCAAUUGUGACUCUUCUUUAGAAGCGACAGUAUGUUUAUAAGGCCCUCGUGUUAUGCUCUUAAGAAAAAAGAAAAGACUGGCAGCUUUUUGAGCUGGCAGCUUUGACCAGGGAACACCAUGGCCCACACUACCAUUUCUGCAGCUUUUGCUAUUCCUCAGUUACUGAGAGGUACUGCUCGAAUUUUCCCCCUUCAUUCUGCAUUGUUACGGUUGAAGUACUCUGCUUUGUGUUCCUGCACAAUGAAUGGCACAAUGAAAUCCAAAAAGAAAACAGAUCAUCUGGCGAGAACGGCAAAUAACUUUCGACAGGAGGUUAUUUCUCCAGCAAAAGUGUGUGGCAUCACCAAUGAAUCUGAAACAGUUAAAAGACUUCGCUUGGCUGUCACAAAUAAGGAUUUUACUUUUAAAGCAGGACAGUGGGUAGAUUUCUUUAUUCCUGAAGUUGCCAUAGUUGGUGGGUUCUCAAUAUGUUCCAGCCCUGGUCUACUGGAACAAGAUGGAGUAUUGGAACUGGCAGUAAAACAUACUGUACAUCCUCCUGCUCACUGGAUUCACACUCAGUGCUCUCUUGACUCAGAAGUGGCUCUGCGAGUGGGAGGCAAUUUCUUCUUUGAUCCUCAACCUGCUGACUCCCCUGUAAACCUUGUGCUGAUAGCAGGGGGAGUAGGAAUCAACCCAUUGUUUUCCAUACUGCUACAUGUAGCAGAUUUUCAUAGAAAUCAAGAGAGUGAAAAAAAUGGGUAUAAAAUGGGAACAGUGAAGCUGUACUAUAGUGCAAAAAACACAAAUGAACUCUUAUUUAAGAAUAAUAUCUUUGGUUUGAUGAACGAAUUUCCUGGAAAGAUCACAUGCAGUUUCCAUGUUACUCAACAGAGUUCACAAAUCUGUGAAGAACUUCAGCCAUAUAUCACUGAGGGAAGAAUAUCUGAAAAGGAACUAGAAAAACAUGUGUCUAAGGAUACUUUAUGGUACAUCUGUGGUCCACCUCCAAUGAUAGAAUCUAUAUCCAAACUACUAGAAAACUUUGGUGUUCCUACAGACUGCAUUUACUUUGAAAAGUGGUGGUAGCAACAGCUACUUAGCAGAAAAUAAAAACUGAAAACAACUAAUCUAUGUAUUUUGGUGAAUAAGAAGUGCCUGAAAUGCACAGAAGAUGGACUUUACUAUGACCUCACUGACUGCAAGAUUUCACUAUACACACAUGAAAUCUUUACGCACAUGAAAUCUUCUUGUAUCUAGUAACAAUUCCUAAAUUAUCCUAUAAUGCACUCUGAUUUGGGUCAUUACUGCUUUUGGAAAAAAAACUGUAUUUUAUAUAAAAGACAUGAGCCAUUUGAUUUUUGUAUUUCACUCAUUUGCUACUGAUUUGUGUAGUACUUUUUUUUUUGUUAAUUAGGCAGCUUUUUAAACAUUCAAAUACUAUUUUCAUUACGACUAUAACUUAACUUGCAAUUAACUAAAUAUGUAAAAAUGACCAGAUGUAAUCUGUAAUGUAUUAAUUCUGACCAUAAUUUUGUAAGCUAAGCAAGGCCAGAUUGGGUCACUAGUUGGUGAGGGUCUCAUCUCCCAGCUUUUGCAGAUAGUGAUAUUGACACAGUACUAAUAUUGGCACAAUUCCCGGAGUCCUAUUUAGAUGCUGCAGCCUGAUAGGGUGCUGUUUUCCUGAGACUACUCUUCUUUGAAUGAGAUGUAAAACAGGUCUUGACCACUUCUGGGUAUUAAAGAUCCUAUAAUAUUUUCAAAAGUCUAGAGCAGUCUCACCUCUUGGGCUAAUUCUAAAUUACAUUCUGCUUACCUAAACUUACUUUUAUUUAAUUGGAUAAAUUUACCCAUUCACUUUCUGUUGUACAAGGGGAAAAAGCCAUUUAGAAGGACUUCUGUAUGCCACUGCCAACUGUGUUGGUGGUAAGUGAAAAGAGCAGUAUAUUCUAAUAUGAGUAUAGUUUGUAAUUAUGUGAAACAUUUUGAGGCUAACAAAGUGCUAAGUAAAUUGCAUAAUACAGUAGAACUUCAGAGUUAUGAACUAACCAGUCAAUCACACCUCUCAUUUGGAACCAGAAGACUCAAGCAGCAGCAGAGACAAAAAAAAAAGCACCGAGUACAGUACAGUACUGUUAAAUGUAAACUACUAAAAAAAAUAAAGGGAAAGCUAUAUAGUAAAGUUUCAAA